ACUGACUUUGGUAUACGUACACAUACCGUUGCUAGGCAUGAAGGACCUAUUCUUGGUUCGAGACAACAAAUCACCGGACAACUAUGCGGCCAAUCAGCCUUGCCCAUGAAUACACUACCUGAAUACGAGCACUCCACCACCAUUGAUCCUUAUCAGUCCCUGCCAAGUAAUUUGUCUACGCGCAUUUCCUGAAAGAAUACUGAACUGUGCAGAUCGCGUCUCAGAGUCCAAGUAACGAUUACUAGUACCGCCGGGACGGUCAAAGUGGUGCCACACUGCUGGCAAUGUCUUGACGAUAAGUACUGCUAGUUUUCCGGACGACGAGUGUCCAUCUUGCCAACCUCACAAGUCGCUCAUUCACUCUUUCUGUGACGAGAAUUAUCCACAUUCGUUCAAAAACAUAAUCUGUAUAUAAAACCCCGCCACCAUGCACUUCACUCCUCUCCUCGCACUCGCAUCCAGCGCCGCUCUGAUCGCGGCUGCUCCAGCACCCGUCAACAUCGGUUUGGAUGACGUUAUCCUCCACGGCAACGGCCGCUUCACCGUGAUGAAGCGCUCCGACUUUGAAGAGCUGGAAGCUGCGCGCAAGUCCGGCGUGGUACCUCCCAAGCCCGCCUACCUGGACGCGAACCACUACUCUGGCAACGAGACCGACGUACCAGCCAAGAAGACGCUCAAGCGUGACACCAGCAUCAUAAUUCCCAACCCCAACUCGCGUUUCCUCGGCUGGGACGUGCAGGUGAGCCAGGUGACCAAGGGAGCACCGACCACCAUUGCCGUCGCCUCUGGCUUCUCCAUUAGCAACACCAUUUCCGUCGGCAUGAGCAGCACUUUGACGCUGGUCAAGGACUUCCUUCAGGUCGCCAUGUCGGUCGACUACAGCCAGUCGUGGCAGACGACGCAGACGCAAACCUUCACUGCUACGGUGCCCGAAGGCAAGUACGGCGCUUUCGUCACCAACCCGUGGACCGACCGUGCGAGUGGAAAUGUCUGGAGCGGUACUAUUGGUGGUGAUGGAGAGCUGUCUUACUACCAGGCUGACUCGUUCACGUCAAAGCAAUACGACAGCAUGGAGUGGGUUGAUGGUGUUACUAGCCUCUGCGUAGGCGACACAGUUCCUCUCCCAAGGUGCUUGGGCGAGGGUACCUUGUAGACUUGGGAAAUAGCAGAGAGAAGUAUGUGGGACUGGGAACAUUGGAGAAAGCUGCAAGUGUCUUUACCGAGCCCGCAUUCAUGGCAUCGUUCAAGUAGCGCUCUUGUUGUAGAUGAGCUAUCGCUAGACAUAUCGAGCAUUGUAUUGUAUAAACAACUUGUAGACAUGCAUUCUAGAAAGAACAAUUUCUUUUAUCAAUCUCC